GCGGCGCACGGAGAGCGGCGGGAGCAGGCCCGGCCCGGCCCUCGAGCGGCCGCCUGGCUGCAGCAUGCGCGUCCGCCGGGGGCUGCUGCGGCUGCCGCGCCGCUCGCUGCUCGCCGCGCUCUUCUUCUUCUCACUCUCGUCCUCGCUGCUCUACUUCGUCUAUGUGGCGCCCGGCAUAGUGAACACCUACCUCUUCAUGAUGCAGGCUCAAGGCAUUCUCAUCCGGGACAACAUGAGAACGAUCGGCGCUCAGGUUUACGAGCAGGUGGUUCGGAGCGCUUAUGCCAAGAGGAACAGCAGCGUGAAUGACUCAGAUUAUCCUCUUGACUUGAACCACAGCGAAACCUUCCUACAAACCACAACUUUUCUUCCUGAAGACUUCACCUACUUUGCAAACCAUACCUGCCCCGAAAGGCUCCCUUCCAUGAAGGGCCCCAUAGCCAUAAACAUGAGUGAAAUUGGAAUGGAUGCCAUCCAUGAACUCUUCUCUAAAGACCCAACCAUCAAGCUCGGAGGUCACUGGAAGCCAUCGGAUUGCAUUCCUCGAUGGAAGGUGGCAAUCCUUAUCCCCUUCCGGAACCGCCAUGAGCACCUCCCGGUCCUGCUCCGACACCUGAUUCCCAUGCUCCAACGCCAGCGCCUACAGUUUGCAUUUUAUGUGGUGGAGCAAGUUGGCACCCAGCCCUUUAAUCGAGCCAUGCUUUUUAAUGUGGGUUUUCAAGAAGCAAUGAAGGACCUGGACUGGGACUGUCUUAUUUUUCAUGAUGUGGAUCAUAUACCAGAGAGCGAUCGUAACUAUUAUGGAUGUGGACAGAUGCCAAGGCACUUUGCAACUAAACUGGAUAAGUAUAUGUAUCUGCUUCCUUAUACUGAGUUCUUUGGUGGAGUGAGCGGCUUAACAGUGGAACAGUUUCGGAAAAUCAAUGGCUUUCCUAAUGCUUUCUGGGGUUGGGGUGGAGAAGAUGACGACCUGUGGAACAGAGUGCAGAAUGCAGGCUAUUCUGUGAGUCGGCCAGAAGGUGACGCGGGGAAGUACAAGUCCAUUCCUCAUCACCACCGCGGAGAAGUCCAGUUUCUUGGAAGGUAUGCGUUGCUGAGGAAGUCCAAAGAACGGCAAGGGCUGGACGGCCUCAACAACUUGAACUACUUUGCAAACAUCACAUAUGACGCCUUGUAUAAAAACAUUACUGUCAAUUUGACACCCGAGCUGGCUCAGGUGACCGAGUACUGAGACGAGGGGAGAAUAUAUGUUUGCUUCACCCACCGCCCCCAAGAAAGCAGCCUGACGACAUGUCUCGGGGCUCCGCAGAGGAAGAAAACAGAAAUCCAGUGUGGAUCCAUGAGGGAUCACAGGGUUCAAGGAAAAAAUGUGAACAGAGCACACGCACAUAACGCCUUCACCGUUUGGACCCACUGGACUUGAGGGAGUCAGCCGGGAACUGACUUGCUCUUUUCACAAGACAGACGUCUGUCCUGCUGCUCUUCUCCCUCGUCUUCUGCCCUGACGUCCCAUCUCCUCCACAAUCUGCAGAACCGGAACUGUGAUCCGCCACCAUCCCGCCACGAAUGGCCUUGGGAGCUUCUUGCCCUUCAGAGCAAAGAGGCAGACCCAUCACAGGGCAGCUGUGUUUUAGGAAGAGCAAAGGCAACUCCACACAACCAUUCUUCUACAUCUCUGGUGUUCUCUUCGGUUUCAUUAAAAAAAAAAAAAAAAUUACCUGCUUUG